ACAGUAACAACCCAGCGUCGGCGAGGUAUGUUGGGGCAUAUCAUGCUUGAGAGUUCGGCUAACUUGAAACCACUGCUUGCUAUUUGAACGUUAGUGGUCGGACUACCGGUGAAAGACGGGGGGAUGAUAUGCCCCAGCCUUGUCGCAGGUAGACGGUGGUGGUUGACUUGCUCUCGGCCAACCAUUGAAUAAGCGAGGCUGUCUGUCUUCGUCCAGGUGCCAGUCCUCACGUUCAACCUCGCUCGUCAUUCCUUCUCCAGUCCCUUCUCAGCGGGGCAUAAUUAUUGGUUAUUAAGUACGGGUAUUUUACCUACUAGAUAGGUACCUUACCCAUGGAGCAACAUGAUGCUUUCGAGGUAGCCCAUGUUUGCUCCCAUUGUCGACAUGGGCUUACAUUCUCGCCCGAAAACCGGUCGGUUGGAACCAAGGCGUUCCUCGACUUUUGCGACUACCUUCACCAGGAUCUUUAUCCUAGAAUGCCCGGUUUAGUUCAGUCCAUCGCCUCGACUGGCUGCCGGUUUUGCUCGUUCCUACUCUUAGCAAUCAGAUCGAGAGACGGCAACGCGGUCGAAAUCGGACGGGGAGCGGACGGAACGGGGGAUAUAUUCCCGCUGCAGCUUCCCCGUCGCGUAUAUUUGGCCUUGCGGUAUUCCUUGCUGGCUACGCCGACGACAAACAAGUCUCGUCCAUUCAUCAUCCGGGUUCUGGCUCUGCAGUUGAUCGUGCAUGUCGAUCCUGCGCCUGGUUUCCCUGUCCAUGUUCCGCCUGAGUCGCUUGCCGAUUCUUCGCUAGGUUAUGUGGCCUGGAAGAGGCUUCGUAGGUUGAAUCCAGAUCGCCCUCGUGGUUUCGUUGCAUGGGGGUUAAGAACUAACACUGCGGAAGCGUCCAUGGGAUCUUUCACCUGGCCAGUCACCUUCGUGUCAGGCCCGAUCGCGCCCUGGUUUUCCGUUGCUAGGCCGAUCUCACAGCACGCCCUGGAAGACGGAGGUAUUGAGUUUAUCACCUCCAACCUCCGAACCUGCUCCGAAUCUUGUCAACACUCCCGCCCCACCGAACCCGCCUUUCUGCCCACGCGGUUGCUUGACGUCAGGGGAGCCAAGAUCAGGGUCAUCGAGACCGCCGCCUCUGGCCCUACCGCCGGCUUGAGGGCACGCAGGGAUACCAGAUACCUGACGUUAAGCUACUGCUGGGGUAAUGCAGAACAGGCCAAGUCGCAACUGCGGCUCUCUAUUGACUCCCAGUCUCAGCUGAGGCGAGGAUUCCCGCCCGAAGACAUGUCACCGGUGCAACAGGAUGCCGUAGCAACGACCCGGGCGCUUCGAGUCCCGUAUCUCUGGAUCGAUGCGCUCUGUAUCCGCCAGGGCGACAGGGACGACUGGGCAAGAGAAUCGUCACAGAUGCACAUGAUCUACUCCGGAUCGUAUGCCACCAUCUGUGCUCUCAUAUCCGCUUCGUGCCAGGAAGGCUUCUUGGCUCGCGGAAGUAACCCAUUCACGGUGAAGCUACCAUUUACCUACCCGGAGGAUGUGCCCGGACACGUUUCGACCUUCGAGAUUGGGAACCGUGCCAUCUACAGCGACGACAGCUCGGGUUUGGACGAGAUGGCUGUGUCGGCAAGGGAUAGCAGUCGCUGGACAACUCGCGGAUGGACGUUCCAAGAGGAAAUCUUGUCGACAAGAACCAUAUACUUUACCAGACUCGGCCUCAUCUUUUCUUGCAGCGAAUACACCCGGGCCGAGUGCGACCACGAGGGGGCCGACGAGGGAGAUGUUGGUGCUUGGUUCAAGGGCAGCACAAUAUCGAACCUCGACAACCAGGCUGACGUGUACGAUGUCUGGUGCGAGCAGGUCAUCCAGUAUUCCAAGAGAGAGCUCACGUCUGUGACCGACGUCUUUCCGGCGCUCUCUGGACUGGCCCAGCAGUUUGCCGCCGCAACGGGGGACGAAUAUGUUGCGGGCCUGUGGUCCAAGGAUCUGGUCAGGCAACUCUCUUGGACUCUGCGGCGGCCCCCACACACGUCGCUCUCCAGCCUGACCCGGGCGCUUGAACAAUCGUUGGCGUACGUCGCGCCAUCAUGGAGUUGGGCAGGGCGAGGGCUGGUCAGCUGCUUUUCUGCCGGGCGCCGAACCCUUGAUCGGCGAUUCACUUGGGGGAGGCACUCGAUCAAAAUUCGACACGAAUACGGCGAGCUGGGGAAGGUCAUCGUCCCGGAAGGCCCUGACCGGUUCGGGCAGAUCUCCUCUGGCGAGUUGUCACUUGUCGCAUACGUACUUCCCCUCGGGUCGGCCCCUUUCUCUUACAUACCUCGCGAGAACAUGCCGUCGGUCGGGGAAUACCAAUUCCACAGGCCUGACGGCAUUUCCAUGAUGUUCGCCUGCUACCUUGACUGGAAGAUGGCCAGCGAUGAAGAGUGGACUCAAGAUCUAUUGCUGAUGCUGACUGGAUCUGUCGAAGCCGAGGUAGUGGGACAAAGCCAGGGUCGAUCGUUCAUGGAGACUGAUCCGUGCGGUUUGAUAAUUCAACCUACGGGAGCCGAAGACAAAUAUCUCCGCGUCGGGACUUUUGAACGCGCUCCACAAAGCUAUCUGGAGCCAUUUCUUGAACAUGAUCCGGCUAGACACCACCGGCUUUCGGUCGAGUUCUUGAAGACGUGUGAGAGGAGGAAUAUAACGCUCAUCUAGUAGUAGAAGAACUCAACCAACAACACUCUACAGCCUCAACCAGUAGGUCCCGCUUUAGCAACAAUCAAAGUAAGAGGUUUGCUGGAGGCAAAUGUCGGGACGCCCAGUUUGAUACUGUUCAUUCCCGUUGAUGAGCAGUCGCAGAGGGCAUCAUCCAUCGAUACGAGAUGACGCAGAAAUCUGCACUUCUGCAUCGCGACGUGGCCCAAUCAGGCGUGUGCGGUUACGCAACGCGGUACAGAGUGUGGGAGGUGCAGGAAGUAAUUGGUGGUUCAAGUUGUGUUCAUUGCGGAAGGAAGUUGGAAGCCUGGAG